AUGUGCGCCAACUUCUCUUCACUUAAAAUCGAAAACCUCUUCGGUCUUCAAGGUCGGGUUGCAGUGAUAACUGGUGGCAGCAAAGGGCUCGGCGAAAUUUUAGCGCGUGCGUGGGUAGUCAAUGGAGGACAUGCGCUCAUCACUUCUCGGACGGAACAGACACUUUUAAAACUUUGUCAAGAGCUCAACCAAUGCGGCCCUGGAAAGGCUGAGUAUGUCGUAGGCGACCUGUCCUCCAAAGCGGGCUGCCUUUCCGUUUGUGCAGAGAUCAAGAAAAGGUUCCAGAAAAUUCAUGUGCUAGUCAAUAAUGCUGGUACCAUACUCUCUGCCCCGUUUGAUAAUGUUCCUGAGAAGGAAGGGUGGGAUGAUGUGUUUGACUUGAAUGUUAAAGCAGUGUUCUUUAUGACAUCGGAACUCACUCCAGAGUUAGAAAAAGAUGCAACAAAUCUAGAUCCAGGACGAGUCGUGGUAAUCUCCUCAGCCGCCGCCUUCAACUUCAACACCGAGCCACUGCGAGCAUUCGGUAUCAGCGGCAAAGGGAAUUGGUCUUACAAAGCUAGUAAGGGUGCUGCCGUUACAUUAUCCACCAACUUGGCCGUCACACUCGGUCCAAAGUUCAUCACCGUAAACACCAUUUGCCCGGGUUUCUACCCUUCCAACAUGACCAAGACACUUUUUGAUUCGAUUGGAGAGUCAAUUGACAAGGAGCAUCCAAUGGGUCGAAGCGGAACGCCCGAGGAUCUUGCGGGUGUAUUUUUAUUUUUGACCAGUCGGGCUGGCGCCCAUGUGUCUGCCAAUCAUAUCUUAUCGGAUGGCGGGGCUAUUGCGGCUGGAAAAUUCACUUGA